GUGACCACUGCAUGCUUCUUCCUCUUUCCCUCUAAACCCUACCGAACUAUAAAACCGCCUCUACUCUUCCAUUCUUUUAUCACUGUAUUUCUUUCUCUCUCUCUCUCUCUCUCUCUCGCUUCUGUGUUUUAUUCGCUGCUUCCGAAGGGAUUUAGGAAAUCGGCAACAGCAAAAUGCAGGACUCAACCUCCGCUCAUGGCGGACUCACCAUUAUACAAUCGUCAAUGCUCAUGUCGCAGCCGGAACCAAAUGACGUCGUCGGUUACGCUUCCCUCUUUCCCCACAUUUUGGGUUCCACUCCCGAUCCUUCCCUCCCUUUCGCACCUUACGAAGUGGAUUCAGACUCCGAGACCUCCUCUUCAAGCGCCGCCGCCAUUCAGAAACUCCACCUCGUCCACUCACUUCUCACACAAGACCGACAGGAGAUGGUCAACCGUCACAAUCUCUGCCUCACGCGCCUCCGUGAAGCCAGUGAAGAAGCCGACUCUCUCCGCCGUGAGAACACCCAUCUCCGGACCGUCAAUCGAGAGCUGAACAAGCACCUGAAUCUCCUAAUCCAAGCCGCGGUGCAGAAACAACUCGACGCUUCGACGUCUGAGUAUACGGGGUUGAUCAGGACAUUGAACACGUUUCGCAAUCGUGCUCCUGCUUUGGAUAAUGAAGAAGUGAGCGACGAAAGCCCGACGAGUGUGAUCGAAAAUGGAAUGGUCGAGAAUGUUGAGGGGGGAAGGUCAUCGCUGCCCAAGAGCAUUUCUGUGAGGUCCAGUGGGUACUUGAAGAUGGGAACUCAUGCCGUUGCCAGCAAUGGCGGUCGGGCUCGGAGCUCGACAAGGUCUCGAGCUGCGACUCCACAGACUGUUAAGCAAAAGGUAUGCGUGAGCGGAAGAAAGAAAGAGGAGGUGCCACUUGAAUUGGACGUGUAUAAGCAAGGCAUGUUCAAGACUGAGCUGUGCAACAAAUGGCAGGAGACCGGUGCAUGCCCUUAUGGAGACCAAUGCCAAUUUGCUCACGGAAUUGAGGAGCUCCGUCCAGUCCUUCGCCACCCACGCUACAAGACCGAGGUUUGUAGGAUGGUCAUUGCCGGUGUUCCCUGUCCAUAUGGUCACCGAUGCCAUUUCCGCCAUGCCCUCACUGACCAGGAGAGGUUCAUGAUUCCACUGAAGCGCAGGCCAAGCGCGCCUCUGGACAGGUGAAAUAUAUAUAUCAUCCUUGAUAAAAGAAUAACGAUGACUGUGCAUGACAAGAAGACCAUGAUCGGGUAUAUUACUUAGAUGUUUAUAUGCGAAAUGGUAAAUAAUAAUACUCUCAUUAUAUAGUAUAAGUAUACCCCAAUUUGGACAGAACAUAUAACAUAAAAUAAUAAUUUGUGUUAUGUGUUAGUUAAUGUUGAUCCGAGAAUCUGCU